AUGGCUUCUUUAUUUGAGAGACCAUCACUAGUGUUUGGCGCCGCGGUUGUCUUGCGCGCUUUUCUUCUUGUUUAUGGCGCCUGGCAGGAUGCCCACUCAGCCGUCAAAUACACCGACAUCGACUACAUGGUCUUCACCGACGCAGCCCGGUACGUUUCUAAGGGCGCUUCGCCGUACGCUCGAGAUACGUAUCGGUACACGCCUCUGCUCGCGUGGUUGCUUCUACCAACCUCCUGGGAUGGUUUCUUCUCAUUUGGCAAAGUCCUUUUCGCACUCUCCGACGCGGUAGCCGGAUGGCUUAUUGCGAAAGCGCUCACGUCCUUUUACGGCAUGAGCCCACCACGCGCUCUCAAGUAUGCUAGCGUUUGGUUACUGAACCCUAUGGUCGCCAAUAUUAGUACGCGAGGAAGCUCUGAGGGUCUCCUAUGUGUGCUGGUCAUUGCCUUGCUCUGGGCCGUCUUGAACAGAAGAAUCACUCUUGCCGGAGUACUUCUCGGGCUCAGCGUGCAUUUCAAGAUUUACCCCUUUAUCUACGGUCCAUCUAUCAUCUGGUGGCUUGACGAAGAGCGCGAAGGGCAGAAACUAUCUUCACAAAAGCAAAAGGCGGAGCAGGAAGAUCGAAAUCUCUUUACCCACAUCGUCAACUUCAUCACACCCUCUCGUCUUCUUCUCACUACCACCGCACUGGCCACCUUCUCUGGUCUCAACAUCUCCAUGUAUAUCCUCUACGACUUUCCUUUCGCCCAGCAUACCUAUCUGCACCAUUUGACUCGUAUCGACCAUCGCCACAACUUUUCACCCUACAGCAGCCUCCUUUAUCUCUCUUCUGCUGGAGACGUCCAGGGGAGCUUUGAGUCACUAGCCUUCAUUCCCCAGCUGCUUCUCUCUGUUGUCGUUAUCCCGAUCGUUUUGGCCAAAAGAAGCCUACCAGGUGCGAUGCUCGCCCAGACCUUCGCAUUCGUUACGUUCAACAAAGUGUGCACGAGCCAGUAUUUCCUCUGGUAUCUCAUCUUCCUUCCGUUCUACCUACCUUCAUCAUCUUUGAUGAAGAAUCCAAGGCUGGGCAUUGCAGUCGCAGCUCUAUGGGUUAUCGCUCAGGCCCUCUGGCUCCAACAAGGCUACUAUCUCGAGUUUCUCGGGUUGUCUAGUUUCGUGCCAGGAUUGUAUCUCGCUAGUUUGGGUCUCUUUGCAGUGAACAUUUGGAUUUUGGGUAUAAUUAUUAAUGAUGUUGCGUUGACGGGAUGUUAGGAACUAAGGAAGAGGAAUGCG